AUGAUACAGACCAUCCAAGAUGUCAAUGAUUGCGUGCCGCUCUACUUGCCGCACAGCUUGUAUCUCAAGCCGUUGGCAAAAUUCAACAUCUCGGUCGCAUUGCCCGCCACGAUCACUGGCAAGACCAUCUCCAAUUAUGAUGUUAUGGAGAAGAUGCGCCAGAUGAUACUACCGGAUAAGUUCUCCCUGCUAAAGGUCUCGAAAAGCACCGUCGGCUUCAUUCGUUUCGAAGGGGAGCUAGAGGAUAAGGGCAAGUUAAAAGCGGUUCUGUCCAGACUCGAUGGCCGCCCGAUUCGUUUGGCUGGGUUUGAAGAAUCGGUGAAGGUGCGAGCAUCGGAAGCGAAGGACGAAUUCCCGACCCGGCAUGAUUGGGAUUCGUUUUUCCGCGAUGCUCGUAACAUGGAUGAGAUGAAGGCGGGCGAGCGCCCCGACACGAUCCAUUUCAGCAACCUUCCAAUCAAGUGGUUCUGUCCGCGGCACUCCGAAAACGACGACAACGCUAAGCCGAGUGAGAGCAUCUUUAAGCGUAUCUUUGAGAAAUUCGGCGAAGUGCGAGCAGUGGACAUUCCGAUAUGCGAUCCGUACCGGUCGCAGAUGAAGGCGCACAUGUCUGGGAUGAAGAAGUUUAGCUUCGAUCAGGAAAUGUACUUCGAAGGGUACGUGCAGUUUUCGGAAUAUGUGGGGUUUGUGAAGGCAAUGGACGAGUUCCGUGGGAUGAAGCUGGUGCGGAAAGAGGGCGAACGCAACAUGGCCAUUACGAUUGGGGUGGAAUUCGAUCGUACCAAGCAUCUGAGCGAUGCAUCUACGAAGAAGCGGCAAAUUGUGCGUGAUCGGCUGAUAGCGGCUGAUCGCGAAAAGGAAGAGUUGGAGAAGAAACGGUUGGCGGAAGAGGAAGCACGCAAGGAGCAAGAAAGGAAACGCCAAGAAGAACUUCGCCAGGCAGAAAUUGAAAAACAGCUACAGAGGGAACAGCGCCGCAAGGAAAAACAUCUACAGAAACUGCGGCAAAAGGAAUCGGACGAGAUUAGCCAAAAGAUUCGUUUGGAGGAGAAAAAACUUCUAGAAGCGCAACGCAAAUUGGAAAGUAUUCGGCUGCUUGAUGCUCUAUUUGAGCGAAUGAAGCUGAAAUAUGCUCUCGAAAAAGGAAAACGAGCGAGCGUUGGAUCAAGUGAUGAAGGGGAAGGAAAUGAUAAUAUAAGCACCGUAUCGACAAACGACCGGCAGAAAAAGGCAAAUAAACUGAAGGCAACACAGGAGAAAGAACUGGAAAAGAUGCGUCUUCGGUUAAAGCAAGCCAAGGACGGUAGUGUGUUGAAAAAGGUGCUUAGCACAGGGUUGGGUUUGAAGGUGGAACGAUCGCGAUCACCCAGCAUCAACACGAUCAGCUCGGAUGAUGCCAUUCUCAGCGAUACGCCACGUACGAAAUCGAAGAAGAAACAUAAAUCCCAAACAACAUCUUCGAAGAAAUCCGGCGGUGAUGGAUCGGAUUCCUCCUCAUCGGCCGAAGGAUCGUCGAAUGAAGAGGAGCUGAUGUCCGGUGACGAGAAGGUUAAGCGAGAAGAACGCGACGAUCAUGCGAUGCAAUCACAAUAUAGCGCGCAACAUAUGACAUACGAUCGUUCCGCCACCGGCUAUGGGCCUCCAAUGCAUCCGGCAACAGCUUACGCCGCUACCGCUGGCUUCUACCCAGGUAUGGAUUGGGCGACGAGUGCGUAUGCGUACGCGUAUGAUCCCUUCUAUGCGCAAUACUACAGUUCGUUGGCGUACAGGGGCGCGUAUCGUACAGCGACUCGCAGUCCCAGGUAUCCUCGUGGAGCUCUUUCCAGUAGUGGUGUUUCUCGAGGACGUGGCAGUGGCUACCGCGGCCGAGGCGGAUACGAUUACUAUCGCGGCGGAGGGCGCGAUGAUUACGAUGAUGAUCGAGCGUACUCGCGGUCGAGAUCUCGGACUAGGUCUAGAUCGAGAUCCCGAUCGCGGUCUCGUCAUCGUCGUCGUUCCAGUCGCAGCAGAAGUCGACGGUCGCGUUCUAGCCGAAGCCGCAGUCGUAGCCGUAGCCAUAGAUCGCGCUCGCGUACCAGUUCCCGGUCUCGUUCUCGUACUUCCAAGUCUGAUCGUCGUAGCCGCAGCCGGUCUAAAUCUCGGUCACGUUCACAUAGUCACCGUAGAAGUAAACGUCGGUCUCAUUCCCGAUCCAAAAAGGUGUCGGUACAGAUGUCAAAACCAACGUCGAAAAACCUGGUGUCGACUAUUCGUGGUGCGACGCCGUCUUCCCGGUCUCGAUCGCGAUCGCGUGAUCAUUCGCGCUCGAAGUCUCGUUCCCGGUCGCAUUCACGCUCUCGAUCGAACUACAAACAUCGUUCAUCUCGGAGGCAUCGUUCGUCCCGAUCACGUCGUGAUGGCUCAGAGCUGGAACAUUCACGUUCCAAACCGAUUGAACCAGAAGCAAAGGAACUGAAUGCCAGUGACACAAUGCCAACUGCACCGAUUGUACCGACUGGGCCAAUUGGGCCGAGAUCACCACCGGAACUUCCGAUUCAAAGUGUUACGGUCGAACAAAAUGGCAUAGGAGGAGGCGGUGGUGGUCUUAUGGACGAUGACGAGGAGCCGUCAGUGGUCUCAGAGUCGUUCAAAAAGCAUCGCAUCAUCGUUCGUACGGACACUCUCGGUUCCAAAACUACAAAGGAAAUCGAGGAACAAGUUCGUGAGAGAUUGCUGCGCCAGCAAAAGGAAAGAGAACUGGAAUUGCGGAAGGAACGAGAGCAGAAAAAACAUAAAAAUUUGGUACAUAACAAUGCUGCAGAAGAAGACGAGGAUGAUGAUGAGGAUGACGAUGAGAGCGAUGAAAAGCAGAAAGAGCAACCACAUAAAUCACCACAACAACACACUGGUAAAAAUGCAGUCAGAAGGACUCGAAACCAUGCACAAAUAGUGGAACCGGUAGCGCACGAUAACGGACAAAAGCGAAAAAUUGCUCAAUCUCGGGGUAGAGAUGGAAAUUCACCAGAACGAGUUGAUAAACGGCAUAGAUUGCAGCGAGGUAGUGGACGCUCGAAUGGUGAAAGUGCUCCCCAUGAUUCGUCUUCAUCUUCUGACACGGAAGACGAUGAUGCCGAAGAGGAAGACGAAGAAGACAGCACUGGUAGCAGUAGUGAGGAAGAAGAGAAUCAUCACCGGCGUGGGGCGACACAGAUUCGCUCGCGUGUUAAACCUAGCCUUGAAAGUCCGGACCGGCGCCACAGCAAAUUUGAAAAUGCUCCAAGACCUUCCAUGGAAAAACGACGCGAAAAAGUAAUGGUAUCGGAAGCAAGAGUAAUUGAACAGGCGGAGGAGCGGCGAGUGCAAGUACCAUCACGAGUUUCGGCAGGAGCGAUUGUGCGUGAAAGAUCCAGAGACGAAAGGCGCGUCAGUGGACGGGCCAUCGGGAGACCCGAUAACCGUCAGCGUCGAUCUCCAAGCGGCAGUAGGCGUCACGUGCAGCAGCGGCAGCGUAGCCGUAGCCGUAGCCAUAGCCGUAGCCGUGAUCAUUACCGAAAGCCCCCGUCUCAUGUUCGGUCGGAUGAUCGAAGAAUCGCCGCUAGCAGUAGUGGCGACGAAGAAGCACCUGUUCGACGUCGCAGCGCAGUAACAAUGGGUUCGAGACAUCACGGCGCUUACCAUGGGAAUCGCCGUUCAUAGUUUAAGCCAUUUCUAUAACUUUCAAUAAUAUAUAUCGUUUAAGUAAGAAAGUGAUUUAAUGAAAGGAAACUCGCUGGAAAGGGAGAAUGCAAACAAGUGUAAAUCUUUGAAACAAAAUAGAACAGAAGACGAUAGAUCAAUUACAUAAUGAUGGAAUGUAGCAAUUGUAUCAAUAUCGAUUUUAACGCGAUGGAUCAAACGCGAUAAUGCAUGCAAAAUUAUUAAGAAAAACGUGUUAUACACUAGCAUCACGCAGCAGCAGUGUAGAUAAUAAAUUCUU